UGUUCCUCUCUCUUUCCUGCCAGGUAAAGUGUUCCUCUCUCUCUCUCCAGGUAAAGUGUUCCUCUGCUCCUUCAUUGGCUGCAACGGCUCCUUUCCCAGCAUGCAGCAUCUGAUGGAACAUAUGAGACAACACCACAAACCCAAUACGUACUUCCUGUGUCAGAGUUGUCGGUCCAAGCUGCGCUCCUACCGCGCCCUCCUCAAACACCUCCACACCUGUGCUAAGGUAGCCAAGAGCAAGGCCAAGGCUGGCGAGCAGGCAGAGGUCAAGCCGGACCCUGACCCCGAUGCUGCUGUUCCCAUGGGUACAGACCAGGAGACCCCACAGCAGCAAGAGCCCAUGGAGUCCGAGCCCUCCCACCCUGUCCAUGGGCCUACCGGGUCUGACCAUCUCUCUGCCCAGGCUCCCUACCAGCCCCCAGAGGAUGGAUCUCUCUCGGCCUGGACCUCAACACGGCCCUGCUCCCUGGAGCCUUCUCCCUCCAGGAGGGAGGUGGUGGGGGAUUGUCAGACACCCAGCCCCCAGGCCUCACAGACCAGCGCCCUGACGGAUCCUAUGGCUCCUUCUCACAGUACCUUCAAUCUCCACUGGAAGUUUCUGGACCGGCGCCACAACAGCAGAGGCCCCCCAGGCCCGUCCCUUCGGCUCUACCUUCCUCCCCGCCCCCCCAGACCUCCACCCCGCCCGGCUCCAACGCUCGCUGGAGGAAGAACCAAGACGCUCCGGGGUCUCUAAGACACAGAUGGACCUCUCCUCCUCCAGCCAAUCACAGGUUAACUAGAGAUGGAGCGCAGGUGAGACAUGGAGAAACCACUAAACACACACAACUAGAGAGAGAGAGAGAGACCACUAAACACACACAACUAGAGAGAGAGAGACCACUAAACACACACAACGAGAGAGAGAGAGA